GUCCCUGAUUGGCUCCGUGCGCCCUAUCCAAAGUGGACGGCUAAUUGGUUAGCCGCAUUUUGUUCCAAGUAUGAAGCUUUGAGCAGUGUUUAUACUCGUUGCUUUGCGCCUUCACGACGCACCGGAUACAGUUAAGUUUUUGACCUUUCUGCAACUAGAAGUUCGAUGCUGCUUGGGCUGGACUGAAUCAUGCCCCCAAAACACAAAGGGCCUUUCUGGACUGGUGUGCAUUAAUCAAAGGGAAGCAGGAGUGGCUGCGCAAUGUAACAGGAUGCUGAACCAUCACUUCAGAAGGAACCCGGACCUACAGGAGGAGCUGCAGAUCCAGGCGGCGGUGGCAGCUGGAGAUGUCUACACCGUGCGCAAGAUGCUGGAGCAGGGCUACUCGCCCAAGAUCAGGGACGCCAACGGCUGGACUCUGCUGCAUUUCUCUGCUGCUAAGGGCAAGGAGCGCUGCGUCCGUGUCUUCCUCGAGCACGGAGCGGACCCAACAGUAAAGGACUUCAUUGGCGGUUUCACGGCGCUGCACUACGCCGCCAUGCACGGACGCGCUCGCAUCGCUCGCCUCAUGCUGGAAUCGGAGCAUCGCGGUGACAUCAUCAACGCCAAGAGCAACGACGGCUGGACGCCGCUACACGUUGCUGCACACUACGGACGUGACUCGUUUGUGCGCCUGCUCUUAGAGUUCCAUGCGGACGUAGACCCGCUGAGCGACAAGGGCACUACCCCACUGCAGCUGGCCAUCAUCCGAGAGCGCUCGAGCUGCGUGCGGCUGCUGCUCGACCACCACGCCAACAUCGACGUGCAGAACGGCUUCCUGCUGCGCUACGCGGUCAUCAAGGGCAACCACGCGUACUGCCGCAUGUUCCUACAACGCGGCGCAGACACCAACCUCGGACGCGUAGAGGACGGUCAGACACCGCUUCACCUCUCAGCUCUGCGUGACGAUGUGCUCUGUGCCCAGCUCCUCUACUCCUAUGGUGCUGACACAAACACACGCAAUUACGAGGGCCAGACGCCCGCUGCCGUCUCUGCCAGCAUGUCCCGUGCCAGCCGGCCUUGCCUCGACUUCCUGCAGGAGGUUACACGCCAGCCCAGGACAUUGCAGGACAUGUGUCGGAUAAAGAUUCGUCAAUGCAUAGGCCUUCAAAGCUUAAAGUUCCUGGAGGACUUGCCUAUUGCCAAGGUGAUGAAGGACUACUUAAAACACAAGUUCGACAACGUCUGACAGAGGCCUGGGAAUCUCCCGGCAAUCAGCACAGAAACCAAUUCUCUAGCAAAGACUAUGCAACCUUCUCAAUUUCCUUUCUGUUCUCAAGCUCGAGCAGAUUGUUUUCUACAACCAUGUGUGGUGUGCUGGGGUUUUUUUUCUGUAUUUUAAUCUGGAAAUAUAGCCAAGCCACUCAUGAACACUGAAGCCCAAUUUGUGUUCGUCUCAUUAUUGACCUACGAAAGGAAAAUAAAAAAUUUAAAAAAUCAGCAUUUUUUAUAUGAACAAUCCAGUCCUGGAGUUAAGGAUGGUGUCAAAAGCUGAUUUUAUGAUCUUAUAUUGAGCCAAAUAUUAUGGCUUUUGGUUUGUUAUCAAAUAUAAUUAAAUUAUUUGAAUAUGGAAAUUGAUUAUGGAUUAUGGAAAUUGGUUUUCUUUGGUUGUAGUUUCUCAAGUGUUUCUGAAUGCUAAUUUACCUAUAGUAAUCUUUUUAUAUUUACCUCUAUUUAUUUUUUGUUGUGAUCAGAAAACAUUUUAUACUUUUUGGGGGGGCACGGGGGGUGGGGGGAAUGGGUUAAUUUCAGAUUUUCAUAUGAUAGAAUAAGUGUACACGUCACAACUCGAGUUUCAAGUAGACAAUAGAUAUCAACAAUCAAUUCCUUUUUUAUAACUAACUUACUAACUUUAGGUUUAAGACAUGUGGAAUUUGAUCUUUCACACAAUUCAGCACAUUUUGUUGGUGCACCAAGUCACAUCAAAUCCAAAAAUAUUUGACUUGUGGAAUAAGCAUUAUAACUGUGAUCCAAGGGUUUUUUCUUUACUUUUCCCACUUUUUAGUCUCCUCACAAGGAACUCAUUAACAAGGACUACACUAUGUAUAUAAUUGUGUCAUAUGUACAGCAGAUAUUUUUCUAGAUUUAUUUAAGCUAUGAACUCUUGUAUCAUAAAGUGUUAAGGAUUUUUUUUUUUUUUUUUUUUUUUUAAAAGGUUGUGGAUUUAUUUUUUUCUUCUAAGUCUUAAUAUUUGAUUUGUUUGAUCAUUUUUACAAUUGAAACACAUUGACAAACUAAUUGGGAGCAAUUAGUGAAGUGGAACUAUAAUUACAUUAUUCCGUCUAUCAGAUUUCUUUCUUUUUUUUUUCUGGCCACAAAACACUCAUUACACACUCGAUGCAUUUAUUCGUGCCUUCACUUGGGUGGAAUCUUAAAAUCGCUCAAACACACAUGCAUUUUUCCCCCCCUUUGCCGUGUCACUAGUUAUGAACUGAAUUUACAUAAGAUACACAAAUAAAAUCUAGUAAAGUACUUUUUUUUCUUUCCAUUAAAGAUUGUCAGAUUAAAGAUUAUCCCACCUGUAAGGAACAGGCACACAUCUCAUGGGUUUAGUGAUAAUUUGUGAUCUAAAUCUAAACAGAUUAAUAUCCUGUAUUUCGGCUCACAAGGUAGUCCUUAAUAAGUCUCCUUGCUGAUUUUUCGUGAACGAGCAUUAAACUUGGACUUUCCUUGUGGAAAUUUUCAAUGACGUGUACACAGCAGGACGGUAUGUUUAUUUAUAUUUUAGCCACGGCGGUGGUUUAUUGGGUCCGAAUAGCGGUUCUCGUACUCUUUCUAUGUUGCAGGGCUAAACUGAAAUUUCUUCGCAUCCGAGUCAAAAUGCAGGAAUAAAGAAGAAUGCUUUUGAUUAGAUUUUAUAUGUAUUCAGGUUUGUACAGUUUCUGUAAAGUCCACUGUCUUUUAUUUUAGCAGUGUUUCUUUUUUUUUCUUUUCUAUGAUAUUUUGUUUACAGUAUGAGCGUGUGUGCAUUUGGUUUCGAAGCGCCGACGCGCUGAUUUUCAGGAAGCACUUAUUCCGGAUUCAAAUCGUCUCGACGUCUUCCACGCUAUUCACCACCACAACAACUACUGAAUGUAUAUAAAACUGCUGUUUGCCUAGCCCAAAAUGAAUUGUGUGAAUAAACCAUUACCAUAUUGUC